ACGUGCUAGGCAUGCCGGGUAAAAGUUGAUGUAUUCGCCAUAUUGGAUUUUCUGAGUGUCAACUUGGGUCGGGUUUCAAGAAGGAUACACACUUUUAACUGUAUUUCAUACCGAAAUCCACCUUCACUGGGAUUUCUACUCGAAACCAGAUGAGCAGAAUGUCCCCGGCAGAGAAUAAAAGAGCCAAAAGACGCAGGGCUAAACGCACAGGGACGAAAUUGGGCCGACCAACCAGGCCCCUGGCACCGAGGAACACAACUGCUACUGAUGAGCCAUUAGACCUGAGUACCAGGGGGAAGGAAGGAGACCCAAUGGGACAGAUGCCCCAGACAGUUUUUGGCCAGCCCCUCCAGCUGAACGCUGAGCGCUGCCUCCUGUGUCGGUGUGAGAGGAAGGACCCUGUCCUCCCCCCUGCCAGCGAUGGUUCCACCUCGGGAACGUCCUUCGACACACAAGGACUGGCUCAGGUCCCCCUGUGGGUGUGUCCUGACUGUCGGAGAAGUGUGGAGGAGGAGGAGAGGAAGGCAGCACUGGAACCAUCACUGCUGCCCCAGGACCUGUUCAUGCCGUCCUCCGUCCCGUAUCUCACGCCGGUCCCUGACCUGGGCGCCGGAGCAGGCCUGGUGACGUCCUCGUCUGAGCCCACCACUCCUAAUGGCAGUGGCUGCAACUGUGAGGCCUGCAAGGAGAGAAGGGAGAUAGCAGCUGAGCAGGAGAGAGAGACCCAGGAGCUGCAGCAGUGUUGGACGGAAGUUAGGCACAUGGUGCGAUGUGUCUACAGGGAGGCGGGCACUUCUCUGGCCGCUGAGGAGAGUCGUGAGCUGCAGAUGGACACAGACAAGAUGAAGCAGCUGGUGGGCAGGUUGUGUUCACGUGACCCCCACCAGCUGUACCAGAGGCUGGAGUCCCAGGGGAGAGAGUACGUCAUCGAGAUGAAGGUUCGACUCCUCAAGCAGCUCACUUCAGGUCACAAGACCCCCCCUCAGGCCAGACAGUUCAUCGCCAUGUUGCUGGAUGAGUACAGUGCUCUGUGCGAGGCCGCCAGGCUCCUCACCCCGGCUCUGGACGAAAUGGAGAAGGGUCACCUGUCCAAGUUCCAGCUGACGUGGGAGUUUGUGAAUAAGCACCUGUUCCACAGUAUUAUCUACACAGACCCACUGGUACAGAACAGUGUGCCUGCCCUCAUCACACAGCUCAGGUUGGGUGCAGCGUCUAAGGAGUCUUACCAUGAAGACACCUACCCCAAUGUGCUGCACAGAUACCUGAAGUUUGAUGAUGAGAUGACGAUGGUACAGAUGACAUGGAGAGACUGUCAGCAGCUCAUCGAUGAGUACACAGAGGAACAGGCAACACUGAAGGCCAAGCAGAGAAUGCUGAAGGAAGACUGGGAAUUCUUCAAGGCCCAGAGGAAACUUCUGGAAGCACAGACCAAGAAGAAGAAGUCGAGCCAUUCCGGGUCUAGCAGCAGCAGCUCCAUGGAGAAGGCCACGCCCAGCCUGACCGACACAGUCCGCCAGCUGUUCUCCAGCGGGAAGACCAACUCUGAGGAGUGCCAGUGUUCACACUGCAAGAGUAAAAGGUACAGUACAGAAAGGUGCCCGUGUGAUGAGUGCAGUUUGUCCCACAUGUUGUCCGCCGGCAUCCCAGACUCCGACAUCACCGAGGAGUUUAACUUCCAGCCCCCUCCCCUGCCCCGGGACCCCCUCCCCGACCCCCUGGAGGACAUCAGACCCCCCAGCAUGUCCUCCCCGAGCUCCUCAGGCUCCGAGUCCUCAUCUCCUGUCGCCCCGGAUACGCACCACCCCGGCCUCAACUUUGCACCCAUCUCUCCUGUAGACCUUGGUGAGGACGCAGAAGACCUGAGUUCUCAGAAGGGCCUGUUGUCGAUGCCACUCCUGUUCCACGGAGAGGGUCUAGCCGAUCUCCACACUCCCACACUAGACGGUCACGACGCUGACUACAAGUGGCAGAAAUGGGAAGACUUCGCUUACCACAACACGGGGAUCAUCAACCAAGAUACUCUGCAAUGGGAAGAUGUGAAGCUCAGCCUCACCCUCAACCUGGAGCACGGGAGCAAAAACGCGUCGUCGGAGAACGGGGUGAAGGGGGACUCGGAGAACGACCAACAGGACGACAACGAGGACAGCUCGUCCGGCAGCCUCUCCCGCAAGGACUCCUCCGCCUCCUCCUGCCAGGCCUCAUCCGUGGACAAGGACGAGGACGAUGAUGGGGAUGAUGGGGAUGAGGAGGAGGAGGAUGAGGAGGAGGAUGAUGAGGAGGAGGUGGAGGAUGAUGAGGAGGAUGAGGACGAAGAUGACGACGAUGAUGAUGACGAUGGGGACAUGUCGGAGGACCAGUCAGAUGGGGAGGAGGAAGAUGAGGAGGAGGAUAAGGAGACAACAGCUGAUGUGGAGAAAAAGGCCGACACGCUGGAUGUCACCAACGGCGUCACGCCCUGCGAAUGUUACGUGUGUCUGCAGGGGAGACUGGAUGCCGCCCAGGACGCUGCGGCGGCCUCCAUCACGCCUCACUUCCCCACCGACGCCGCCUCCUUCCCCACCACCCUGGAGGGCCUGCACCUCUACCCCCACAUCCACGGCCACUCCCCCCUCGUCCCCACGCACAUGGGCCACUCCGUGCGACCCCUCAUCCACCCCCACCUCUACAACCUCUACGCAAAACAGCCCCGCACCAAGCGGCACCCCUUCAACCUGGACCUGGACACGCCCGAGGCGCUUCACGAGCACAUCUACCACGCGUACGGCGAGUGGGACACGUCCUACGACAGCUCCAAGUUCAUGCUGGGGUCCAGCAAGUACAUGGGGAGCUUCGGGACCGAGCUGCUGGCGCCGGGGGACGUCCCAUUGUUCAACGGGACGGGGUUCGCGAUAGACCCUGCCCUGAGCCAGAUGAACCCUCCCCUGGCGGACCCCAUCCCCCUCCCCCUGACCACAGUGCCCGGUGUUACGUCCGUCAGUACGUCAGCGUCUGAAGCCUCCACCCCGGCCUCCACGGCGGCCAGCUCCCCCCAGAAGGCGCAGGACGUGGCGCAGUCCGAACUAACGUACGACCAGCCACCGCCCUCCUUGUUAGACGGGUGCCAGAAGAAUAAGAACGUUGUUCCCCCGUAUCCGCCCUCUACGCACCACCACAACCCCCCGCCCGGGGCGUUUGGCAUGGUAAACCCUCCUGUGUCCCUGCCUAACCUCGCUGACAACCCGUACUGCUUCAAGCACAAGCCGCCCAUGCCACUGUUGCCUCCGUCGCACCCUCAUCCCCCUACGAGUAGCUCAACAUCGACACCGCCCGCCAAACUCACUGCCGAGAUCCUGAGGUCCGCAGCUGUCAACGCAGCUAUCGAAGAAGCAGCACGAGCUUCAGGAGACCAGAGAGUGCCGACCGCGCCGCCCAGCGCGACAGGCUGCCAGAGAAACCACCUGAGCGCACCUGCACACAAGCACCACCACCCGCACAGCCACCCGCAGCCCCCAACACCUGCACCUCGCAGCUGUGCCUCCUCCAACGCACUGGCAAAUAUAGCAACAUCCUCAAAUGGCUGUAGUGACCCAGACUGUCUGGAUGGCCACAGCCACGGUGAGGACGCCCCAGACGACAGCUGCUCGGAGAAGAGCAGCUCCACCGUCAACUCCAGUAACCAGAAGGACGGGAAGUAUUGCGACUGCUGCUACUGCGAGUUCUUUGGACACGGAGGGCCGCCCGUGGCUCCUACCAGCCGGAACUACACGGAGAUGCGAGAGAAGCUGAGACUGAGACUGACCCAGAGGAAGCAGCCCAAGUCGGAGGAGCGUCCCAUCCCCGUCUCCCAGCCGCAGUGCGUCAAGAGCCAGUCAUCGGAGAAAAUCGACUCCCGCGAGCUGGAGGAGCUUCUCAAUUUCAUCAACGGCGGUGAGGAGGAGGGGUCACCUAAAACCAGCUCCAGAGCAGCCAAGAGAGCGCGCCGCAAGCAGAGAAAGCUUGCGGAGGAGCAGGCCCGUCUGGAGGAGGAGGCCCGUCAGCUGGAGCUGCAGCGUCAGAAGGAGGAGGAGGAGAGAAGGCAGAAGGAGGAGCAGGAGAGACUACUGCAACAACAGCAGCAGAAAAACAACAAGAAGAAGAGGAAGAGCAAAACCUCCAAUUCUGCCGUCUCCGGGGGGAACAACAAGACCUCAGCAGGCUCAAACAUCAUGGGCACGGAGACUCUCCAGCCUAACGUAAAAAACCCAGUAGCCAGUAAAUCAGACAAGGGUCAGCAGAACAGAGUUACGCAGCCGCCGCCGCCUCCUCCCAUUGGCCAGGAGACCUGCCAACAAAACGGUUCCCUGAAGAGAAAGAAGAGGAAAGCCGGCAAUAGGUCCCCGUCCAUCCCGGAGAACAGGUCCAGCUCGGAGUCGCCACAGUCGGACCAGAGAGACAGGGUAAAGUCGGAGCACGCUCCCCGGCACCUCAAUCACAAAAUAGCUCCUGAGCGGCCGGUCAAUCCAAAAGCUCAUCCCCCUCAAGAAGCAGCCAACCACAAGCAGCUGAAUGGCAGGGCUACCAACAACAAGUUGGCCAACGGGCUGGCAGCUCAGCAGAAGGUUGUGAAUGGCCAUGUGCCCAAUCAGAAAGCAAUUAACAUCAAGGCAGCCAGCCAGAAGUUGGUUAACGGACAGUGUGCCAACCAGAAGGUUGUAAGCAGCUUGGAAAUCAGCCAGAAAGGUUUAAAUCAUGGCCAGGCCAAGAGAGCGAAUUGCACCGUGGCCGUUCACCCGGUCAGCAAGGGUACAAAAGAGCAAGAACCGACCAGUGGGAAGCAGCACAACCUUGCCAAGACCUCUGCAGAAAAGAGACCGGAGAUGAACGGCGUUUCGGAGCCUCCCAAUAAAAAACAGCCCGGCAAACAGCCGCCGCAGGUGCAGCCACACGACAAGCAGCAGCUACCCAACAAACUGAAGGGCAACAAACCCGGCAAGGAUGGCAAGACUCUGGACAGAGCUCUGGAGGAGAGACUAAAGUCAGAGGCACCGGCCAACCACAAGGCGCAGCGGGCACAGCCCCUACCCCGGGGAAAGCACCCCUCCCCAACCCCCUCCCCCACUGGCAGCGAGUCCCCCACUCCACAGGGUAAGACGUCCCCCAACGGCACCAAGAACAAGAAGAACAAGAAAAAGAACAAGAAUGCCAGCCCCAUGAGUGUGAUAGAUGAUAUCUUCAUGCCAAAAGAUGAGCCUGAGACUGCUGAGCUGGAUGACUUUGAGAAAGAACUGGAGGCCUUCAAAAGAUUCUGCAUGAAUUCUGUGCCCAAGGAGCAGAAGGAGAAAGUCCACGUCAACAUGAAGGACAUCAUCAUCAAGGGCAAGUCCUCAGCAGUCCACGCCCACUGAACCUUAACCUUUGACCCUUGGGUGGAGCAGAAGGUGAAAGUUCAUGUCAACAGGAAUGAUGUCAUCAUGGGCAGGUCAUCCAGCAUCCAUGCCAGCUGACCCUUGACCUCUGACCCUUAUUGGGGAACAGGUCAAAAUGUCAUGUAUGAAAAAUAUCAUGAAGGUCAAGGCUGUCCUGUGCUAAUAAUGUUGACCUCUGACCUUUAACCUCUGCACAAAAGUAGGCAUCUUCCAAGCAACUUUAGUUUGUUUCAUUUUUACUGACUUGAUUUUCAUGGUAGACAAGCUGUGCUAUAAGGAUAUAAUAGCUUGUUAAGAAAAAUUCCUACAAUGCUGCAUUAUUAGCAGCACAUGAAGUUGAUAUGUACAUGCUCCUUUCCUCAAAAAUUAUUUUACCUUAUUUUAUGUGGCAUCCAACAUGUAUUAUUUUAGGUUGGAGUAACUAUAGUAUUUUACUUUGUUUUAUCCUUUAACUGUGCAUCAACUUCUGUACUUCAGCUUGUAAGGAAAAGCUUGGAAGAUGUCUACUAACCAUCACCAGCCCCUCCACACCAAGCACAGAUCAGUCCUCACGAUUUAACUCUCGGUCUCAUUAUUGUCUUCCUUCUGUUGAUUAGUAGAACUAUCACAGUGUUGGUCUUCCUUGAGUUAGUUUAGAGCAGAGCUGUUCAAUCCCAAAGUUUGGUUGUCAAGUCAAGGUGUUUGAGAGACACCAGACACAGUAGAUGCUUGCUAGGCUAGUUAGGAUAGACUAGUUUUUCAUGUAUCCCUAUGCAAUAGUUAGGUUCAAAUUGCUAAGUAGUAGUAGAGAGGUUCACUCAGCAGCUAAGGCAAGAUAACACAAUGCAGCUUCUUUUUAUCUUGCACCUAUGGAGAGUACUUUGAUUGAGAUGCUGUAGAUAGAUGCCUAGUGUGCCAGUAGACAAGCCGUGAAGUUGGAAGACACUACAGUAUGUUGAUGACAUGUUGGUUAGGGUUGCACAUAGCAAAGCUGAUGUUUAGAUAGAUUCAUGCUGGUGUGGAGGGGUCAGGGGGACUAGUGCGUGAAGGAAAUCCAGUUGUUUGGGGGACUAGAUCGCUUUGUGCCGUUGGGAACUGUUAUGUGGAGUAGAUACAUGUGUACCCAACAUUGAAAUGGGAGCCAAUGUUGAGAGGGAAACUGGGGAGGGGGGUUGAUUCCAUACGACAAGAGGAACGGGAGAACCAAGACUCAGUGUUACAUCACUGUAUGACCUAUGACCUCUACUACUGUGGUUGCCACGCGAACCACAGCCUACUCGCUCGACCCCUUCUUGUCUGCACUGCAAAGACGGAAACGAUUUCGCACCGAGCCCGCGAUGAAUGUAUGCUGCCCGUAUCGAAAAACCCGCUCGCUACAACUACAACUACUUUUACUGACUACUACAGCUAUUAUACUACUACUACUACUACUUGUGACUUUUUCUAAGAGUUGUACUGGAAUCAAAGUCGACCAGUAGUGCAGGCACUAGUGCCUACUUACAGCUGCAACUUUUGUUCUGACUAGCGUAUAGCAAAAUGUAAUGGCAAAGAGAGAGAGAGAGAGAGAAAUAGAGUAAAAAAUUGUACUUGCUUUUAGCAUCUCUUGAAUUUGAAUAGAAUAUUCUUGCCUGGAGAGAGGAGCCAGUGAAGACAGGAGUUUGAAUGCAUGUGACUGGAGUAACUGCCACAUUGUUAAUAAGAAUAGUAUGAGAGAUUGCACAACAUUAACAAUUAAAGAUAGCUAACCAUUGUA